AAUCACGAUGGAUUAACAACCGGACACCAUCUACCUGCCGUGCGAGUAGAUCAGAAAGAUGCGGCAGCUAGCCGGGCUCUAGCACGCUCGUUCCAAUGACAGUGAGACAGCAGCAGUAGAAGACUUUCAUUUUGCGGCAGCAUUUAGCGACGGCUAGGCAACGUUUCGUUUGCGAGCGCGCCUCAAAAUUGCUUGGAAUCAGGAAUUAUCGCGAAUAUCCGUAACCAUGUGGCCGCUUGUGGUGUUCUGCCUCUUAAACUCAGUACAAAUCAACAGCGCGCUGCGAAGCGUGCAUCAAAAGUCAAUGGCUGCGGGCCGGUUGGAAAAUGUAACACAGACAAUAUCACGGAUACUGGAGGGCUAUGAUAUCCGGCUACGACCAAACUUUGGUGGAGAGCCAUUACACGUGGGUAUGGAUCUAACGAUAGCGAGCUUCGACGCCAUCUCAGAAGUUAAUAUGGAUUACACUAUCACAAUGUACCUCAAUCAGUACUGGAAGGAUGAGCGGUUGGCGUUCAACGCAUUCGCCCUGUGGGGAGACAAUCAGAAGGAGCAAACGGGCGAAAUUAUGAUAGACGACGAUGGCGCGAACGACGUCAUCACGCUGUCGGGUGACUUCGCCGAAAAGAUCUGGGUACCAGACACGUUCUUCGCGAACGACAAGAACAGCUUCCUGCACGACGUGACCGAACGGAACAAGCUGGUUCGGCUGGCUGGUGAUGGUGCCGUAACAUAUGGAAUGCGCUUCACUACCACGCUUGCCUGCAUGAUGGACUUGCACUACUACCCACUGGACUCACAAAACUGCACGGUGGAGAUUGAGAGCUAUGGAUACACCGUCUCGGACGUCGUCAUGUACUGGCGCUCUACGCCCAUACGCGGUGUUGAGGAAGCGGAACUGCCACAGUUCACCAUCAUCGGGUAUGAGACGAACGAUCGGAAGGAAAAGCUGGCGACUGGGGUGUACCAGCGGUUGUCGCUUUCCUUCAAGCUCCAGCGCAACAUCGGCUACUUCGUGUUUCAGACCUAUCUACCCAGCAUACUGAUCGUGAUGUUGUCCUGGGUAUCCUUCUGGAUCAAUCAUGAGGCCACCUCAGCGCGUGUGGCGCUUGGUAUCACGACCGUACUGACAAUGACUACCAUCAGUACCGGUGUUCGAAGCUCGCUACCCCGCAUUUCGUACGUUAAGGCCAUCGACAUCUACCUGGUGAUGUGCUUCGUAUUUGUGUUCGCCGCCCUGCUGGAGUAUGCCGCCGUCAACUACACGUACUGGGGUGCCCGUGCCAAAAAGAAAUGUAAAAAGAAUAAGGAAGCUGAACGGAAGGUGUUCGGGAAAACCGAGAAGACCACCUGUUCAGCUGACGACAUUAUCGAGCUGCAGGACAUUCGCAUGAGCCCGAUCGCGUCCUUACGCAACCGACACUACUCAAACACGAUCACUACCAGCGAUAGCGUUGACUCUGCUAAGUUCCCGCCGAGUUUCCGCAUCGCCCGGUCGUAUGGGUCGAGUACCCGCAGCGGUCUGCGGUACCGCAAUGCGAGAGGUCAGGGAAGGCCGAAGAUGCUGCACGCGAUCAAGCGCGGUGCCUCCGUCAUCAAGGCGUCCAUACCGAAGAUCAAGGACGUGAACGUGAUCGACAAGUACUCGCGGGUCAUCUUUCCGGUGAGCUUCGCUGCCUUCAACGCCGGCUACUGGAUAUUUUACGUGCUCGAGUGACCUUCAGUAAACUAAGGCGCAGGUACAUCAGCUAACCCGGUAGAUCACGCCCAUUAGGCGUACAGCCCAUCAUUCAGAAUCACCCAACCCCCAACGUCUAGGCGGAUGCGCGUGGAACGCAGCGAGCACCAGUAGUUGAAGCGCGACAGAGGGACACGGAUACGGAAGCACGUUCGCAAGCUGCGGGUGGAGAGCUCACAUCAACUCCCUCCUCUCGAUACCCAAUCCAGUAUCCUGGUCUUGAUUUCCAAGAAUCUGUUCGCGAGCGGACUCGAAAUUAAUCUAUUGGACACACGGUUUACGAUCAUUUGACGCUAGUAGGUUGAGGCGGUAGAUGCCUCCACAUUUUCAUUGCAAUCGGGCCAAAAGGACGGCAAAAUUGAGGCUUAAUGAAUUUGUAAAAAAUAAUCAAGGAUAAUCAAGGAUGCAGUCGUAUUAUUUUUCCCAAACACAAGUAAA